GUGUUAAAACCCAGAAAAAAACAAUUUGCAGCCGCCCUGCAGUGAGAAACUGUGAGAGAACCAAAGCGAAUUCGCCAUUAGCGAUGCGUCUGCAGUAGCUCUGACGUCAUACCUGCGCUGCAUUCGCCUUAGGCCCGAAGAGGCAGUCGAAGCGUAGAGAGCCGACAAUUGCGUGCGCUAGAGAGAGACAACUAGUGUUGCGUGCGGCGAAGAGCGAGCAGCGAAUGAGGAACGAGCAAUGAGCGCAGCGCAAAACAUUGAUCUGAGCAAUGGCCGGCAGGAUCAUGCGUCAGUUGUGUUUCGUCAUUGCCGCUGCGCGCACAUCUCGCAAAUCGCACUCCGCAAGCAGAUAACGGUAAAACGAUAUUAUAUGCAAGUGUUGAACUCAAAGCAAAGAAAACAAGACAAAAUUGAUUAUCAAACGAUGAGCGCGCGUUCGGUGUCGCCAAAAGUGCUGCUGGACAUUAGCUAUAAGCCAACGCUGCCCAACAUUAUGGAGCUGCAGCACAAUGUCAUCAAGCUCAUUCAGGUGGAGCAGCAGGCGUACAUUCAAUCCCUGGAGCAGCCAAAUGGUCACUACAUGCCGCAUCAGACCCAUCAGCAACAUCAACAGCAGCAACAGCAGCAGCAACAAUAUGCUCCAUUGCCUUCUUUGGCGCCGAAUGCUGCGGAUUAUGCAGCGUAUGGGAUCACAGAGCUGGAGGACACAGAUUACAAUAUUCCUAGCAACGAGGUGCUCAGCACCAGCAGCAAUCACAGCGCUCAAAGCAGCCUGGAGCUGAACAACAAUCAGAAUAACUUUGAGCAACAAUCGCAGCAGCAGCCACAGCAGCAGCAACAGCAGCAGACGACGGCUGUAACAGGAGUUGUUGCAGUUGCAGCUGCAGCACAAAUUCCACAUGGCUACAUUCUCAAUGAGCAUGGCAAGCGGGCUCGUAGCAGCAGCGAUUACGAUUGCCAAACGGAUUCACUGACCAUGCAACCCGAGCACAAGAAGCUGCUGCAGCAACAACAGCAACAGCAGCAGCAUCAACUCUAUGUCGACUAUUUGCCUACAACUGUGGAUGAAGUUGCCGCUGCCCAGACUCAGACACAAUCUCAAACGCAGGCAGCCACACACAACUCCUGCGUUUCCCCACAUUCUCACUCCCACUCGCAUUUCGACUUUGCCGCCGACGAGGACAUGCAGGAGCACAAGCCAAACAUCUUCAAAUACGGCGUGUAUCCUCAAGCUAUUGCUCAGCAGCAGCAACAACAACAGCAGCAGCAGCAACAGCAACCACAGCAGCAGCAGCUACACUUCCAAAGCAGUUAUAGACCAGGGCAAAACUAUGAUGCAUAUGAACCAGCGAACAGCCUGAAUGGCAGCGCCUACUCAAGUUCCGAUCGGGACGAUAUGGAAUACGCCCGACAAACCGCACUCAGUUCUGUGGGCGGCUAUGCCAAGGAGGAGGACAUGGAAGGCCUCUCGCCUGCCUGCCUGGGCGAUGAUAGCAGCCUGUUGGACGCUGUCGAUGCAUCCGGCAAAGCGUUCCGCAAACCUCGACGUCGCCUGAAACGGAAACCGAGCAAAACCGAGGAGACGGAUGAGUUCAGCAAUCAGCGGGUAAUGGCCAAUGUGAGGGAGCGACAACGCACCCAGAGUCUCAACGAUGCAUUCAAGGCACUACAGCAGAUUAUACCGACGCUGCCCAGCGACAAGCUGAGCAAAAUCCAAACCCUCAAGCUGGCCACAAGAUAUAUCGACUUCCUCUGCCGCAUGCUGAGCUCCAGCGACAUUUCGCUGCUCAAAGCUCUGGAGGCACAAUCCUCUACAGUUACAACGGGUUACGGCAAUGCCAGCACGCUGCUCAGCGCCGCCAAUGGAGCUGAGGCCGAUCUCAAGUGUCUGCGCAAGGCGAAUGGUGCUCCGAUCAUUCCGCCCGAGAAGCUCAGCUACUUGUUCGGUGUCUGGCGCAUGGAAGGCGAUGCCCAGCAUCAGAAGGCAUAAAAGGAGUUGCAUUUUUUGUUUGCCAUUGGGGCUUCCAGUUACUGAAGAAAUCGUACACACAGCGUGAAUAAUUCCAAUGCGAGUGCUAAGCGAGCACGAGCAGAUCUUUCCAUAUCUUAUAGAUGAUUAACCUAAAAAUAUUAUUUAAACACAACAAAAAAAAAUGAAGAAAACAGAACACUUAAAAAAAAACGGAGAAAAAAAGUAAAAAUAAAUAUCAAUUAUUUUAGGUUUAAUUAUAUGUCUAGCGCUAACUAAAUUAAAUUGUAUAAAUUAAACGAAGAAA